AUGAACGACUCAAACACCCCUUCUACUCCCGAUACGGAGUACUCUCCUCCAUGUAGUCCCCAGCAAAAGAUUCAGCAUCUGAGAGAUACUCGCUCUGCAGCAAGAGAGAAGCUGGCAAGGCUGACGCUGGUCUCACUCCUCACAGCCGCAGACUUUUGGAGAACAAAAGCUAUUCCUGAGAAGGGAAUCCCUUCAAUCAAGACAACUGAUGGUCCCAAUGGCGCUCGCGGUGGUAUCUUUGUUGGCGGCACCAAGGCCGCAUUGUUCCCCUGUGGUAUCUCACUCGCAGCAACAUGGAAUAAAGAUCUUCUCUACCAAGUCGGACAGCAUCUAGCGCUCGAAGUUCGAGCUCGAUCAGCAGAAAUGCUUCUCGCUCCAACAGUCUGCAUGCACCGCCAUCCUCUCGGCGGUCGAAACUUCGAGUCUUUCUCCGAAGACCCCCUUCUCACUGGAAAAUUGGCUGCGCAGUACAUCAAGGGUCUUCAAGACAGAGGCGUUGCAGCGACCAUCAAGCAUUUUGUUGGAAAUGAGCAAGAGACCAACAGGUUGACGAUAGAUUCGCUCAUCACUGGACGUCCUCUUCGGGAAAUUUACCUGAAACCAUUUGAGAUUGCUGUUCGAGAGGCUAACCCCUGGGCUGUCAUGACUUCGUACAACCUCAUCAACGGCGUCCAUGCUGAUCUGAACAAGCACACAUUGAAAGACAUCCUCCGAGGAGAGUGGGGAUACGAGGGAACCGUGGUUUCCGACUGGGGAGGCAUCAACUCAUCAAUCGAAUCCGUGGAAGCAGGAUGCGACAUCGAAUUCCCCUACUCCUCAAAAUGGCGUCUGGACAAGCUCGUCACAGCCGUCAAUGAGGGUCGCAUUUCCAUCGAGGACAUUAACCAAGCAGCUGAGAACGUACUUACGCUCGUAGAACGACUCAAGGGAGGUAAUAUGUCGCCCGAGGCGCCCGAGCGGGAAGAUGACCGCGAGGAAACCAGGGAACUCAUCCGAAUUGCUGGCCAUGAAGGUCUCACGCUUCUCAAGAACGACGGUGGCAUCCUUCCUUUGUGUCCCCAAUCUACCAAGGUCGCUGUUAUUGGACCGAACGCGAAUCGACAUAUUGCGGGUGGUGGUGGAAGUGCAAGUCUGAACCCGUACUACAACACCAUUCCACUUGACAGCAUCCGAAAGGUAUCCAAGCAGAAAGUCUCGUUCGCCCAAGGUUGUCAUAUCCACAAGUGGCUUCCCGUCGCAUCUGAGUACUGCACGGAACAGUCGGGCAAGCCAGGGGUUCACAUCGACUGGUAUGCGGGUGACAAGUUUGAGGGCAACCCAGUAGUGAAGCAACGCCGAACGAACACAGAUCUCUUCCUCUGGGACUCAGCACCCCUGAGCGAAGUCGGUCCUGAAUGGUCUGCCGUGGCCACGACGUAUCUCAUGCCGAGGACAACAGGAAAACACACCAUCAGCUUCAUGAGCGUUGGACCCGGAAAGCUCUUCAUAAAUGACAAGUUGGUUCUCGAUCUAUGGGACUGGACCGAAGAAGGCGAGGCGAUGUUUGAUGGGUCGAUCGACUACCUCGUUGAUGUCGAUAUGGAAGCCGACAAAGCUGUUGAGCUUCGCGUGGAGAUGACGAAUGAACUGCGUCCCAUUUCGAAGCAGAAGCAGUUCGGCAUUACGCACAAAUACGGCGGUUGUCGCAUCGGAUAUAAGGAGCAAGAUCAGGUGGAUUAUAUCCAGCAAGCGGUCCAGACAGCUCUUGACGCAGAUGUCGCUGUUGUUAUUGUUGGAGUUGAUGCCGAGUGGGAGUCUGAGGGGUAUGAUCGUCAGACAAUGGAUCUUCCUGCCGAUGGAAACCAGGACAGGCUUAUCGAAGCUGUCGUCAAGGCUAACCCAAAGACCGUUGUCAUCAACCAAUCUGGUAGCCCGGUACAUAUGCCAUGGGUCGAUCGAGUGCCUGUGAUUCUUCAGGGAUGGUACCAAGGGCAAGAAGCGGGCAAUGCUCUGGCGGAUGUCCUCUUCGGUAUUGAGAACCCGAGUGGCAAGCUCCCAAGUACGUUCCCCAAGCGCAUCGAGCAUACCCCAGCGUGGCACACAUGGCCCGGCGAGAACCACAAAGUACUAUACGGCGAAGGCCUCUACAUCGGAUACCGACACUACGAUCAUGCCAAGAUCGAGCCUCUGUUCCCCUUUGGCCAUGGCCUCUCCUACACAACCUUCGAAUACGGCCGGCCCGAGAUCUCAACGAAAACCCUGACUCCUGAUGGCGAGAUCAAGAUCACCCUCGCCAUCUCCAACAUCGGGGCCCGCGCUGGUGCAGAAAUCGUGCAGCUCUACGUCCACGAUGAGAAGAGUCGAUUGCCACGACCUGAAAAGGAACUUGUGGCGUUUGAGAAGGUGUUCCUUGAAGCUGAGGAGACAAGGCAUAUCACCAUCAAGUUGGAUAAGUACGCUGUCGGGUAUUAUGACGAGACUGUUCCUGGAUGGAUCGCUGAGGAGGGCGCUUUCAAAGUGCUGAUUGGAGCGUCGAGUACGGAUAUCAGGCAAUCGACGAGGUUCAAUGUGAAGGAAUCAUUUACUUGGGUGUUUUGA